AUGGCGAACCCUCUCGACACCGAUGCGGGCUCCGAGCUUUUUGGCUCCUACGAGGCUGAACUCAAGCUCGUUCAGGCCGACAUCGCCCAGAAGCUUGAUCAGAUUCCCGAGCUGUCCGGCGAGCCACGCAAGGCCGCCCUCGCUCAGGCCGAGCGUGCACUCGAAGAGGCCGAUGAAAUCCUCGGCCAGAUGCGCCUCGAAAAGCAAAAUAUCCCCACCUCAUCGCGCGGCAAGGUGAACCAGCGCUUGCGCAACUUUGAAUCAGACGUCGACGCCGCGAAGCGCAAGUUAGGUAGCCUCUCGACGGACCGCUCCGCCCUCUUCGGAUCCCGCUACACCGACGACCCGGCCGGAUCGUCAGACCCGCACCUGGAGCAGCGCCAGCAGCUCCUGUCGGGGACUGACCGUCUCGAGCGCAGCAGCCAGCGCCUUAAGUCGACCAUGGCCGUCGCCAACGAGACGGAACAGAUUGGCGCCAGCGUCCUCAGCGACCUCAAUCAGCAGCGUGACGUUAUCAGCAAUACCCACGAUCGUCUGCUGGAGAGUGAGGGAUACGUUGACAGGAGCAUCAAGACUUUGAGGGGGAUGGCUCGUAGCUACGUGGGUGUUCUGCACGAGAUCAACUCGGAUGAAUCAACCGUGUCGCUUGAAAAUGUUCGCUCCUUUGGAACAGAAGGCCGCAGAGGCCGCCCCGAAGAGGAGGUUGGGCCCUCAGAUCAGGUUUACGAAUACAUCGUCUUCCGAGGCAGCGAUGUGAAGGACUUGCGCAUCGAGGACCACCCCGGUAUCAAGGAGAGCAAGCCUCCUGCGAUGCCUGAUGACCCCGCUAUCGUCGGCGGACCUCCGGAACCUCGGGUAGUCCCCCGGAACAUUCCUCCUCCGCCAGCUUCCUUUGGGCAGCAGCCAUAUCCCCCCAACUUCUACGGCCCCCCUGGCCAGUGGGGACGUGGAGGUCCCGUGCCCGGUCCGGGACCCCAAGGUUUUGGCAACAUGCCAUACCCCCCUCCUCCUGGCUGGUUUCCCCCUGGCCAGGGCUUCCCUCCCGGACCAGGUGGCCCCGGACCUGGGCCUUGGGGCAACCAACAGUUUCCUCCGGGCCCCGGAGGACUACCCGGCCCUGAAGGUUCCAGAGCUCAACAGGGCCCGCUAAGCUCUGACCCGCCAGAUGCGAAGCCUGUGACUCUCUCGCAACAGGCGCCCCUAAUAGAGCCGAAGUCUCUCGCCCAGCAAGCGCGUCAGACUGCUGACGCACCUAUCCCUCCUGUCGAUUCGAAGCCCUCGGUAGAGGAGGUCAAGUCGGCCGCUACCCACCUCACUGAGGCCGCACCCAAGCUCCCGGAGGGUCCCAAGACAGGCCCGGCUGGUUUCAGGAACGAUCGCGUGAACCCAGUAGUGCCACUUGGUGCUUCGACCAGGCCCUUUGCCCCUGCCCUGCCUCAGCAGGCUGAGAAGGCCAGCGUUGAGACGACGGUCACGACCCCGGGAAGUGUGCAAGAUGCCACGACGGCAGCCAGGGCCGCUGUGGCCGUUGCUAUGGCCCAGCUUGGAAACGGCAACAGCGGUAAUGCUAUGGACAACCUCUCGAACAAGGUGAACGAGAUGCGGGUCAGUUCCGGCAGGGGUGACUACACCGCUGCGCGCGGACGAGGCCGAGGUGGCAGGCCGCCCGCGGCCAAAGUUGAGGUUCCUAAGUCGGACUUUGACUUUGCCCAAUCCAACGCCAAGUUCAACAAGUCGGAAAUCCUCAAGGAGACUGCCAACGAGGGAACACCUCUCACCCAAACACCCAACGGUUCGGCAGCUUCCCCCGCGGAUAGUUCUGCGGGCCAGGACGGUGCCUACAACAAGACGCGUUCAUUCUUUGAUAACAUCUCGAGCGAGGCCAAGGACCGAGCCGACAGCAGCAGCUCCAAGCCUGGCGGCCGCGAGUGGCGCGAUGAGGAGCAGCGACGCAACAUGGAGACUUUUGGACAAGGUAGCGUCGACGGCGGCCGCAACUAUCGUGGCCGAGGACGUGGUCGUGGUCGCGGCGGUCGUGGCCGCGGCUUCGGUCGCGGCGGGCGUGGAGGUAGCCGACCCCCAUACCAGACCUCUGUCGUCAACUAA